AUGAGCUUCUAUUCCUCGCUUGACUCAAGGUCGUUGGACGUGAACUCCCCCACAAUCUUUGAAAUUCUUUCUGCCAAUGAACUAUCGAACUUGUUGACCCCAUCACUACGAUACGUGUUGGUCCAUUAUACCCAUAAAUACCCACGGCAAUUAUUAAGACUAUACUCGUACUUUGAUGAAGUUAAUCUUGUGGGACGGCUCGCGUUAGAGUACAAUUUCUUACGGCGUUGGAACUCGACGUUCACGGAAAAGUUUUAUGGGAUCAAGAGAGGAUCGAAUUUGGGAAUUAGUAUUGAGGAUAAUGGGGGGAACUCUCAAAGCAAGAAGAAAAAACCGCUCACCCGAUGGCAAAUUUUGGGGACCUUGGUGUUUCUUGUCGGAGUGCCGUAUCUCAAAGAGAAACUCGAUGUGAUAUAUGAGAAAUGGAGUGCUGAAUUGUUGAUCAACACUCCUACAGAUGAUGAUGAUGAUGAUGAUGAUAAUGAUGAUACAACACAGCGGGAAAAACAGACUAAGAAAAAGAAGAAGAAGAAGAAGAUGUUGUGGAAAUUGAUGUUUCUUAAACUAUACCCCUUGAUGAAUAUUAGCACCACGAUAUUCCUGGUAUUAUUACAAGUGUUGUACAUUUCUGGGAAAUCGGCAUUUCCAUCAAUCGUCACAUAUUUAUUGAAUAUCAAGUACUUGAGAUUAUCCCCCGCCGAUUACGAAACUCCAUCAUCAUUGUCCCCGGGGUCUCCCCCUCCUCCACUGGUGAAUAGGAUCAGACCAUUGAGCUUAGGAGAAUCGAUCAACACAAGGGUGGUGGGGAAAAUAAUGGCGCCGUUGAAGUUAUCGAUGACGAGUUUUUUCGACACCACUUUCCCGAUGAUGAUGUUUUCGUUGAAAUUUUUGGAAUGGUGGCAACAGAAUGAUAACAUCAAGGAUUUAUUCACGAAUUCUCAAGAUAAUUUCUUGAAAGAAACGUUAGACCGGGUCAACACCGUGCCCACCCCGAAACAUCACGGGGAUUAUUAUUAUUAUCAUCAUCAUCAUCAAUAUAAACACCGUGGGAAUAAUAAUAGUUAUUUGAAACAUCAGUACGAUGAUUGUGUGAUUUGCAAGCAACCAAUCCAAAACCCCGCGAUCAUCGAAACCGGGUACGUGUUUUGUUACCCAUGUAUCAUGAGACACUUAACCGAACCAUCAGACCCAACCGUUGGUGGAAGGUGUCCGGUCACCGGUCAGAAACUUUUAGGGUGUGAGUAUUCUCCAAAUUCAAAGACUUGGAAAGUACAAGGAAUUAGAAGAUUGAUGGUUUAA